GAAAAAGCGAAUGUUCACCAAACAGCGAAAGAAUUUAUAAUAGAACAUUUCAAUAUAAGAUGCCGGAAUAUGCUAUUAGAUCAAAAGAAGACUUGUUAAAUCAUUUGAGAGAAAGACAAGAAAAGGUCGGUGUUUCGCGUGGAAUGCCAUACAAGGAACUUGAUGAUUGCAUCAAUUUGACAAAUGCUAUAAUGGAGUUAGAAAGUGAAGGAAAGGUUAUGGUCAUACGUUUAAUGAAAGUUCUCCAUGACUAUUGUAUUGAAAUGAUCAAAGAUACAAUACUCUCAUGA